CGCAUAGAUUACCCUUGUCACCCACUUCACCUCACUGGCCUUAUUAUAUCACCUACACCCACCCACACUCCACUGGAGAGACAUACACCUUAAUUCUCCCAUCCUAUCUUGUAAGUGCAAUGUCUGUCACCGGAUAUUCUAAGCCCGACCGAGGUUACCGGAGAGAUGACUCAGGGGAGCUCGACGUGUUUGAGGCUGCCCGGUACUUCUCCGGCUACAAUGACAUCAUCCCGUGUGACUACAACCCAGCAAACCUAUCACAUAAGAUUGCCCGGGAUGGAGACAUCAGCAGAACCCACUCCAAUGGGGAGAAUCAUUUCCGAACGAAUGUUCGGGACCUCUACGCGAUGCAGAAGGCCCAUGGCCUCGAGCCAAACAAGGAGAAGAUCGGCAAGCACGGCCACAGGAAGCAACCGAGUUCGCCAGGCGGGAGGCUGGCGAGUUUCCUCAACUCCUUGUUCAGUCAGUCAGCCUCCAAGAGGAAGAAGAAGUCCACCAAGUCUCUGACCACCCAGUCACUGAAGGAUCAUGAUGACUAUGAUGCCGAUGAAAGCGGCGGGUGGAGGAGGAGGAGGCGGAGCAGCAUAAGCCAUUUCCGAAGCUCAAGCAACAUGCUGAUGAAUACAACCACCCCCGAUGCGAAGUCUUUGUAUUCUUCCUCAAGCUCAGGGUUCAGAACUCCUCCUCCGCUGAGCAGGUCCCACAAAGACCCGAGGAGCCUCUCAGACCACAAACAGAUUAACCUCAGACCCGCUGCGUUCGGUCAGAACGAGAGGCACGUAAGAGGAGGCGGUGGCAGAGGAUCAGGUUUCGGGACUAAAUAUGGAGAAACAGGUUUGACAGAGACUGGGACCGGGAUGAGGGAGUCCAGGAAUAGGAAAUUCAGCGAUGACGACGAAGACAAUGACAGCGACUCGAGCUCAGAUCUAUUUGAACUGCAGAUCUACGACUUGGGAUACUGCUCAAGCGGGCUGCCUGUAUAUGAGACGACCCGAAUCGAGAGCAUUAAGAGAGGACCUACGAUGUCAAAUGUUGCAGCCUAUCCCAGUUAACGGUCGAUCUGCUUCGAUCUCUGCACUGCCAGUGGUUUAUCGCUGAUGAAACGCUGAUGACUCCAGUUGAUGGGUAAUCCUUGGUUUUUUGAUGGAUUUGAGGCGACUCGAAUAGUGAGAAGGAAUGGAUGUAGUAAGUGGAUCGCAUGGACCGUUUAUGUAAAUUGGUUUUCUUUCACAAUUUAUUCACAUAUUUUUAUAUCGACCGGACCACACGUUGAGCAUAUAUAGAAUAUGUGGUUUUUACGGCCUUCUCUUGUUCAUGAUGUGCUGCCUGGCAAGAUCCAGCUUCUUGUGGAAUUAAUGUCCAGCUUUUGUGAGUGCCUUAUUAUGUUUAA